AGUAGUAAAUUGUACUAUAUAAAGCACUGAGUUUUUUGUUUGUUAGUCAGAAAGGUCGCUAACCUACUUGCAGUGAAGAAGUAUUCUAGUUUAAAUUGUGAAAAUGUCAUCUGGGAGUGAAUUAAACAAGCCCGUAAAUCCAAAUGAAUAUUUGGAUAUACCCAAGUGGAUUAAUGAAGAUUACUUUCGACCCAUUAUUGAGAAAGAUGUGGCAAAUUUUGCAAGUAUUGUUAAUUUUACACCUGUUGCAGCAACAGCACCAGGUGAAAAUUAUUCAUCAAUUAUGGUGCGAGUAGUGGCCGAUAUAUUGCUUAAGGAUGGCAGCCAAAAGCAAGUGUCUUACAUACUAAAAACUAUGCUUGAGUCAAAAGCCGAAAUUUUCAGUACAACGAAUUUGUUUUCGAAAGAGAAGAAAAUGUAUGAAGUGCAUAUACCUCAGUUCAUUAAAUUAUAUAAAGAGGCUGGUGUAGAUAACAUCGAAUUAGCUCCAAAAUGUGUGCAUAUAGAAGUGACUCCGGAAAGAACAACUCUGGUCUUAGAGGACCUAAAACGUCAGAGUUUUCAGAAUGUAGAUCGACUCAAAGGAUUCGAUAUGCCACAUAUACGUCGUGUUCUGCACAAGUUGGCCGAAUUUCAUGCAGCUUCAGCCAAAAAUUUCGAACUAAAUGGACCCUACGAUGAAAUCUAUGCAGAAAACAUCUUCACCGAAACGAUUCGACCCCUAUUUGUGGACCUUUAUAAUCAUCGUCAAGAACAAUAUUUCAAGGCAAUGCGAACGUGGAAUUUGGCCAAGGAUGAAAUCGAAAAGUAUAUAGCAAAUUAUUUAACCGGCGAGGAAAACUUUGAUGCAUCGGUAAAAGUGUCGCAAGUGGAUGAGAAUGAUUUCAAUGUUUUAAACCAUGGUGACAGUUGGUCCAAUAAUUAUAUGUUCAACUACAAAGCAAACGGGGAAAUUAAUCGAUCUAUCUUCGUCGAUUUGCAAAUGUGCAAAUGGGGUAGUCCUGCCAACGAUUUGUGGUAUAUGAUUGUUACGUCAGCCUCCCUCGAUAUUAAAGUCAAAGAGUUUGAUCGUUUUAUUCAAAUCUAUCACGAACGUCUGGUCGAAUGUUUAAAGAUUUUGAAAUAUGGCAAAUAUAUACCAACACUAAAAGAACUGCACAUAAUGAUGCUGAAAUAUGGAUAUUGGGGCCCUAUAACAGCUAAUGGUGUUUUGGCCAUCUCCUCCUUACCCACCAACAAGGAUGCUAGUAUCAAAAUGAUGGCUGAACCCGGGCCCGAAGGCGACGCAUAUCGUUAUAAUAUGUAUUCUAAUUCAAUCUAUGCCAGGGCCAUGGAAAUAUUGCUACCAUUUUUUGAAAGUAAAGGAAUUCUAAAGGGGGAUUAGCGAAUCGAUAAAUAAGAUAUGUAAAUAUAUAAGUGUAAAUGUAAAUGUAAAUAAAUUAAAGAACCACGAUUAUCUGAACUUAAA